AUGACGCCGUCAGAUUUUCCGAAAAUAGGGAGCCCAGGGAGAAACGCUGGCGACCUUGCGGCGAACGCGUUAUCAGCGAAGGAUUUAGGAGUCGAAGAAACGGCUGCGGAGGCACGGGGUACUGUUUUGGCAGCAGCUUUGGAUGGUAGAGACGAAGUUGGAGUAGGAACGGAAGGAGAGGAACGGGGAGAGAGGAGAAGAGAGGGAGGCGAGGAAGGAAAAAGGGGGGGGAACAAAGGAGGAUUGGGAGAAAAGAAGGGAGGUGUGGGAGGGGGAGUGGAAGUGGCAGGAGGGAAAACAGGAGAGUUUGCAGGAGCAAGGAGGGAAGGCGGGGAGUCAAAAGAGCACGACGAUACAGGAGGAGCGAGUGGUGGCGUGGCUGUGAAGCAUGCUAGGGCGCUGGCAUGGGAGGAAUACUUAGAGGAAGAAGAGAGGAGGAAGGGGGAAGACUGGGAUAGUUAUGGUGGCGUGUGGAGAAGUACCGAGGGGGGCGAAGGGCUGGUGGUGUGGCCGCAGAGUAGGAACGAGCAAAAGAACGAGCAGGGGAACGAGCAGGAGAACGGAGGAGAGUCAGUAGCUGCGAAGGAGAGUGGGAGAGAUGAGGAGGUGGUGAGGGUUCCAGCGUCUAUCAGUAGGCACCUGAUGGAGCAUCAGAAGGAGGGGGUGCGGUUCCUGUACCGACUGUUCCGACAGAACACGGGCGGCAUUCUGGCAGAUGACAUGGGCUUGGGCAAAACGAUUCAGGCGAUUGCGCUGAUGGCAGCAGUGCUGGGGAAGGCCGGCACAGCUGAGGACAUGGCUGCUCCCUCUGUUACUGUGACUGCAGCAGCAGCACAGGCAGCUGCAGUCUCAGCAGCGGCAGAAGCAGCUACUGCUGCAACAACCACAGCAGCAGCGAGGGAUAGAGAAGCUACAACGGGUCGAGGGGGGAGCAGUGCAGGGACAGCAGCAGUACGGGGGGCAGCAGUAGAUGGGGCAGCAGCAGGAGGGGCAGCAGCUCGGACGGCGAUUCUGGUGGUGGUGCCGAGCUCAGUGCUGGGGAACUGGCAGGAGGAGCUGAAUCGGUGGGGGCACUUCCGAAUCUCCAUCUUCCACGGGUCACACCGGGAGGCUGCACUGGUGCAGCUGCGCUCGGGGUGGGCUGAGGUCGUGCUGACCACGUUCGACACGUUCCGGGUUGCAGCAGACACGCUAUGCCCGCACCCAUGGCUCAUGGCGAUUGUGGACGAGGUGCACAAACUGCGAAGCUACAGCUCUGCUCUGUUCCAGUGUGCGGAUCGCAUCAACACUGCUCGCCGCUACGGCCUCUCAGGCACAGUCAUGCAGAACGAGUUCCGGGAGCUGUGGAGUGUGCUGCAGUGGGUGCGGCGGGGCUAUCUGGGCUCUCUCAAGGAGUUCAACGAGCGAUACAGCGACCCUCUCAGGCUGGGUCAGCGCAAGGGGGCUCCCCAGCCUCUGGUGGCUCGGGCGCAGGCUCGACAGGUGGAGCUGGUUCGGGCGCUGGCUCGGGUGCUGCUUCGGCGGCACAAGGAUGACCUGCAGGGCCCGCUGAAGCUUCCAGGAAAGUGCGACAUGAUCUUGGUUUGCCCGAUGACGUCACUCCAGAGGAGGGUGUACCAGCGCUGUCUGAAGCUGCCCGACUUUCAGCUGCUUUCCCGAAAAGAUGAGCUAUGCAGCUGUGGCGGCCCAAGGAAGCGCAGCGAGUGCCACCAUAAAGGGGACGGGGGCGAAGAGAUGGGAGGGGGAGGCGUGCUGUGGACGUCCCUCCACCCGGACGGCCUCUGCUGCCCGCGCUGCCCCUUCUGCGUGCUCUUCCCCUGCCUGUCCAAGCUGCAGCAGAUCAGCAACCACUUGGAGCUGCUAAAGCCAAAUCCCAGGGACCCUCCCGACAAGCAGGCCAGGGAUCUCGCUUUCGCCAGGCUGGCGCUGGCUGGCGAUGCUGACCUGGCGGGCGGCGUGCGGGCGGCGAGUGAUCUGCUGACACUUAGCAGUAGCGAGCAUUGUGGGAAACUGAGGGCGCUGGAUCGGCUGCUGAAGCAGUGGUGUGGGAAGGGGGAUAAAGUGCUGCUGUUCAGCCAUUCGGUCAAAAUGCUGGACGUGCUUCAGCGGUUUCUAGAGGCCCGAGGAAUCUCCUUUUCUCGCCUUGACGGUUCCACCUCCACAGCAACGCGGCAGGCUCUCGUGCACGGGUUCAACUCCAGCCCCUCUAUAAAGGUGUUCCUCAUAUCAACCAAGGCAGGUGGGAUCGGUCUCAAUCUAGUCAGCGCCAACCGAGUCAUCAUAUUCGACCCCACGUGGAACCCAGCUCACGAUCUACAGGCUCAGGAUCGUUCGUUCAGGUUCGGCCAGACUCGGCACGUGUCGGUGUAUCGGCUAGUGGCAGGCGGGACGGUGGAGGAGGUGGUGUAUCUGCGGCAGGUGUACAAGCAGCAGCAGACCAACAUCGCGAUUGAAGGGGCCACGGAGAACCGAUACUUCACAGGCGUGCAGGGCUCCAAGGCCCAUCAGGGUGAGUUGUUUGGAGUGGCAAACCUGUUUCAAGACCGCAGCACGAGCAUUCUGUCAGCCGAGAUCAUAGGGAAGGCAACCAGGCAGCCACAACAGCAGCAAAAGCAGGAGAAGCAGCAGGGGGGGCAGGAGAUGGAGGAGGAGACAGGAAGCAUGGCAGAGAAACGACAGGUGGAGGACGUGGGAAAGGAGAUGCCAAGGAGGUCUGAACAGUCAGCUGUGCGGGGAACGCAGCUCUGUGAUUCGGAAAAGGACGGAAAUGAUCUGCUUGUUGUUCAGGUGCCUGGUUGUGGCAUGGCACCUGAAACACCUGGGGAGUCUCCUGAAGCACCUGGCAUAUUAUCUGAAGGCGAAGGGCUUGGCUUGGCAAGUAAGGGAGAGGAAAAGCUGGUGAAAGGCGGUAGGGUGAAGGGGAGGAAGGAUGAGGAAGAUGACAAUGGUGUGAGUGGGCUGGCAAGAUUCGUAGAGGAGAGAGAGGUGCCUGGUGUAUGGAAGCAGAAGAUCAAAGGGAGAGGAAAGGGGAGGUGUGAGAGGAGGAAGGGGAGACGGGAGGGUAGGAAAGGGGAGGAAGGUUUGGAUGGGAGAGGAGACAGGGAUGGGGAGGAGGAGGAAGAGGAUGAGAUUGAGGAUAGUGGGGGGGAGAGUGAUGGUGUGAGGGGGCAUCAAGGAGGGCAGGAGGGGGUGGGUAGUCAUGCAGAUGGCAUGGGUCAUGAUGGACAUGGCAUGGGGCAUGAUGACUAUGCCAUGGGGUCUAUACCAGACGAGCUUCUUGAUGCUGACGAAGCCGCCAAGGCUGCUGGCCAAUCAGGCAGGCGUCGGCGGAGGAGCAAGAUGUGGUCGCUGACUGAAAAGGGUUGGGUGCUGAAGACAACCCUUCCCCGGCCUACUGCUAAGCUAUCGCAGGCUAGUUUAGGAGUUGAUAGUGCCGUUGUUGUUGCCGCCGCUCCUGCUGCCGCUACUGCCGCUGCGUCGCAAGGGGGUAUUGUAGACGGGGUGGCUCUGGAGGAAAACGGGAACACAAGAGCGGUCCAGCCCGGUGCUGAGCCGACUGAGUUCGGUUCGACCCGGUUUGAGUCGGUUGAAAAGUUUGAGGGGGGGGAGACGGCGGAGAGCAGUGCGGAGGAUAUGGAGCUUCCGAUAGGGAGUGGCGGUGGAAUCGAGGAGCGGAGCGGAAUGGCUGCGCAGGAGAAUGACAUCGUCAGCGAUUUCCUCCUCGAGUCGCGGAUGAGCCGCGGAAUUGGCAACGACGGCGGUCUGAGCCAGCUUCCCCCUGGGGCGGCAGCGGCACUGCGCGGGGCGCUGCGGUGGGCUCCGCCCGCCCCGAAGAACGACGACCCCAAGCGGCUGAAGAUUAACCUGGACCUUGACAUCUACCGCGCGCGCAACCUGUUCCGCAUCGGCAAGGCGCAAGACGCGGAAGGGCUCAUGCGCAAGGCUGUGCGCGACUGGCCGGACGACGGGCGGCCGUACGUGGUGCUCGGGCGCAUGCUGCAGCGGAAGGGCAGGCUGGGGGAAGCGCGCCGAGUCUUUGAGGACGGUUGCCAGGCGCUGGGCGGAGAUAACGCGUUCAUCUGGCAGACCUGGGCUGUGCUGGAGGCGCAGGCAGGCAACGUGGAGAAGGCGCGUAAGCUGUUUGAUGCUGCCACGGUGGCAGAUGAGAGACACGUGGCAGCAUGGCAUGGGUGGGCGGUGCUGGAGCUGAAGCAGGGGAAUGUGCGCCGGGCGAGGGAGCUACUGCAGAAGGGGCUAAAGCUGUGUGGUGGGAACGAGUACAUAUACCAGACCCUAGCGGUGAUGGAGGUGCAGAGCGGGCGUGUGGCCGAGGCAAGAGCGCUAUUCUUGCAGGCCACACGGAUGAACGCCAAGAGUGCCGCCAGCUGGCUGGCCUGGGCACUGCUGGAGGCUCAGCAGGGAGACGGCGCCUCUGCCCGCCUGCUCUUCCAGCGUUCCCUGAAUGCGAGUCCCAAGAACCCCUACACAUGGCAGGCGUGGGGGCUGUUUGAGGCGGCUCAGGGGAGGUACGACCGGGGGAGGCUGCUGCUGCAGCGGGGGGCGCAGCUCAACCCCAAAGACGCCGCGCUGCUGCAGGCGCUGGCUCUGCUGGAGUACGAGUGUGGCUUUACUGGGACGGCCAGAGAGCUCUUCAGCCAGGCUUCACUCGUUGACCCCAACCACCAGCCCGUGUGGACGGCGCUGGCUCUGCUGGAGUACGAGUGUGGCUUCACAGGGACAGCACGGGAGCUGUUCAGCCAGGCCUCACUCGUUGACCCCAACCACCAGCCCGUGUGGACGGCGUGGGGGUGGAUGGAGUGGAAGGAGGGGCGGGUGCAGCGAGCAAGGGAGCUGUACCAGAGGGCCGUAGAGGGCAACGACUCCUCGCCCAACGCUGCCAGAGUGUUCCAGGCAUGGGCCGUAUUGGAGGAGCGGGAGGGCAACAUAGGCCUGGCAAGAGCGCUGUUCAAAAGAGCACUGGCAGCAGACUCGGGUAACUCGGUGGUGUGGCGCUCGUGGGCCGCCAUGGAGGAGAGACAGGGGAACGCUGUGCGGGCAGAGGAGCUCCGGCUGAUGCGCCUGCAGCAGCGCACUGAGGUGGUGGAGCCAGCCACAUGGGACCUGGGAGGCAUCAUCGGGCCAGCUAUCGACCGCAUGAAAGCCCUCUUCAGCCCCACACGCCCCAUGCCAUUCUCCUCCUCUCGAGCUGAUGUCUCCAGUAGCAGCACCAGCAGCAGCAGCUUUGGUAGCAGCGGUGACAGUAGCAGCAGGGAGGGUGCGAGCAGCAGUGGUGCUGCAGCCGGGGAGGCAGAGGGGGGUUCUGCCGCUCUUCUGGACGAGUAUGGGGAUGAGGUGGAGGAAUUUGAUGUAGAUGGUUUUUUGGCUGCCCGACUUCCGAAGCAGUUUUCCAAGCUCUUGGAUGAUGUGGAUGGGGUGGGAAAGAGCAUCUGGAGGAAACCUAUUACUGCUGAGGAUAUGCGGCAGCGAAGGUUUAUGGGGGAGUUUGAGAGGGAGGUGGAUCGAGGAGUGAGGGAGGCAAAUUGA